AACAAUGCCAAGUUCAUAUGUUCAUAGGAAAAAACAAACUUGAUUAUACUCAUAAGACAAAGGCAUGCGUUUGUCUUACACUUGGUAGCACCGCAUGUUCAAGGAGUUGUUUAGAUCAGAGCCUGCCUCAGCCUUUUCCACAUCUGAGGUUAUUCACUUAUAAGGACAACAGAUUAACAAUGGAACUACCAAAAGAAUAUAUAUUCAAAUACAAAGGAAUAUAUUUUGAUGACAGUGAUAUAUUUUUAGCUACUUACCCCAAAUCAGGAACUGUGUGGACUCAGAACAUUUUGAGCUUAAUAUUUUUUGAAGGCCACCGUAAUGGAACAGAAAAUGUGGAAAAUUUAGACAGAAUCCCAUGGCUGGAAUACAAUGUAAAUAAAAGGGAUUAUGCAACUCUUCCUUCGCCUCGUAUCUUGGCCACUCACCUGCCUUACUACUUAGUGCCAAGAGGCCUGAGAAACAAAAGAGCUCGUAUUAUUUAUAUUACCAGGAACCCUAAGGAUGUUAUGAUUUCUUACUACCACUUUUCCAAAUAUAUGAAAACACUAGAGGAAAUCCCAGAUUUAAACAUUUUCAUGGAGAGAUUUUUAUCUGGCAAAGUACUUGCCAGUUCCUGGCUGGAUCACGUCUCAGGCUGGUUCAGUCAUGCAGAGGAUUUCAAUAUACUCUUUCUUACCUAUGAAGAAAUGAAAAAGGAUCUCAGAAGUGCUGUGCUGAAGAUCUGCAACUUCCUAGGCAAGAAACUGAAUGAAGAGGAACUGGACAGUGUUGUGAGACAGGCUACAUUUGAGAACAUGAGAAAAGAUCCCAGGGCGAACUAUGAGAGCCUGCCAGAUGACAUCAUAGCGAGAGAGAAGGGUAGUUUUCUACGAAAAGGCACUGUUGGAGACUGGAAAAACACGAUGACAGUCGCACAGAAUGAAAGGUUUGACAAAGUUCUUGGAGAGAAAAUUAAGACCCUGCCCAUCAAAUUCGUCUGGGAUAUUAACAAUGAAGCGUAGGCUGGUUUUUGCAUUUCAUCACCCUGAGUGGACAUAUCUGAAGUUAUAGAAGAAGAAAAUACAUCCACUUUCAUCUGUGUUAUAAAUACAAUUAUGACGACAACUCAGUCACAAAAUAUGAGUUGUCUGAGGAACCUAUUCAAUUCCACCAGUUUCCCAUUUGUAAUUUUACAAGGUAUUUUAAUUAACUUUCUUAGUAAACUGACUUUCUUCAUGUUUGCUUUUACUUUCAUUGGUUUUAAUAAUAAAAGGGUUUUAGACGACAAAAUGAGGAUAGAUUGGUACUUCUAAAAACUUCCUGAAAAUUGUUUCCCUUGUGCAUUUUGUGAGACUUCUUUUGGUACAACCUUCAAUGUCCAAACUGGAUGUAAGACUGACCAGCUGUGGUGUGGUUAUGCUUUGACAUGUUUGAGUUCCUAUUUCCAUGGUAAACAUUGAUACUCAACCCUCUGCUAUUAAAGUGACUUUUGUGUUG